ACGGUCAAGAAGAUACUGUACGUGCACAUCAGCGAAAGUGCCGCUAAUUUGACAAGCCCAGCUGUCGAAUAAUAGCUGAAACCCAGUGAGCUCACACGGGGUAGGACAUAUCCGAAGAACGUUCACCAUUUCCUAUUCCGCUGUUUCGGCAAAACCACUCGCUUCGCCCUGCCAGCACAUUUGCCGCUACGGUUCAGAGUACGUAGUAACAGGUCUCCGUUACCCCUGACGGCCCGCCGUCAGAAUGGCCGGCCGCCAGCCCAGCUGUUCACCCGGCUGCUUGCCGCUAGAGGCCGUUUGCUUCGUGCCUUCGGGGGGGGUCGCCGGCGACGUGUAUUCGCGACUAGACGAUGAAACGCGGGAAGAACGCAUGGCGGAAGCCGAACAGCGAGAAACCCUAGAAAAUCGUCAGGGUGGGGGGCGCAUGUCGAACGGAGGAGAACAGAUGGCGGAUUUCGCUGGCCCGUCUGACAGAGCGCGCCAAUGCGACGAUGGUCGGGGAGCAGCGACGGGUCCAGAGCGCGCCAAUUCGGGCUUCGGCGGCGGAGAGGGGCGCAGUGGCGGAGAAGAGAGGAGAGCGGAAGGACGCGGGGGGAAGAGCGGGGACGGUGAUGGGUUGGCUGGGGGGAAGGCCACGUGGCAGGCGCGGAGUGGCCUGCGGCUGCGGCCGCGAUUUAAGGGACCCUCGGACCGCGUGGCGAAGCGAGUGGACGCCCCCGAUGACGUGCUUGCGAGCUACGACGACGCUUUUCUCUUCGGCCGCAUCCCCCUGCCCAUGCGCCUGCGAGCCAUGCUCUCCAAGGGACCGCUCGCUCGCCUCUUCCAGAUUCUGGACGUGGUGGCGACGAUGGGGUCCGUCUCGCUCUAUGUGUGGCACACCUACAAUCCCGACAACAGCGUGGAGUGGAUGGUCACUCUGCAGACCGUCUUCAGCUCCUUCUUCCUGCUCGACUAUGUCAUCAACAUCUUCAGUGCAUACUCGUGGGUGCACUACGUCAUCUCGUGGCAUGGCCUGCUGGACCUCAUCUCGCUGCUGCCCCUCGUCCUCAUCCGCCUGAACCGCGAUGUGGGCAGCAGCAGCACCAGCGUGCGCCUGCCGCAGCUCCUCACCUUCCUUCGAGUCAUCCGCACCAUAUCCAUCGUGAAGGCGGCGCUCACCAUGCGCAACACAAUCGCCAAAGAGAUCAUUGCCCUCGGGUUCACUCUCUUCACCACCUUGCUGGUGGGAGCGGGCAUAUUCCAGUUCGCGGAGUACUGGGGCACAAGUGACGCGUAUAAGACGGAGCACGAGUGCCCUCAGAGUGGCUGCACCAACUUCUUCGACUCCUUCUACUUCAUGGUCGUCACGGUGGCAACAGUGGGGUAUGGUGACGUGACGCCGCACUCCGCCUGGGGUCGCGUGGUAACCGUGUUCACCAUAUUCGGCGCGCUCACCUAUAUUCCGCUGCAGGUCAACCGCCUCGUGCAGCUCGCCUCCAACCGUCCCUACGGCGGAUCGCUGUCGCGCUACCGCACGGUGGGGGUGCGCUUUGUGGUGAUCUGGGGGGUGUCAUCCGUGCAGUGCGCUCGCGACCUGCUCUCCUCCUUCUUUUCCCCGCUGCACAACGGCAGUCAGUGCACCCACCUCCUUCACGCAUUGACCCUCUUGGCCCCGUUAACUUGGGCACUGAGUCUCUCCAUCUCCAUCUCUCCCUCCCCGUCUCCUUGAGCUCGUGCCCGCUCCCGUGCCACCAUCACAUCUUGCCUUGCCGUGGAGAAUAUGCAUAUUUGCAUACAAUAGGAGGGCGAACAAUGCCACUUGUCCUCCUACCCUCCGUCCUCCCUUGCAUCGCUCUCCCCUUUCUUCUCCCCCUCCCCCCGGUCACCAGGAAUCCCCGUCUAUCCUCUCAAGGUGGUCUUCAUGGGACCAGACCCCCCCUCGUGAGUGCACCGCACCGCACCGCACUCCAGUCAUGAGCUCCACCCCUUUCUUGCUGCCACUCACUCCGCCUCUUGCUACCUCUCAGUCGCGCCUGAGUUUCUCAUUUGUGCUUCUGCCUUCCCUUCAUUCGUGCUUUUGGGCAAGGCGACCUACGUGCAGGGGCAGAUGGACCCUACACAAUGCUCAACCACACACUCCUCUCGUCCAGCUCUACCCUCGUCCAACUCUACCCUCGUCCAACUCUACCCUCGUCCAACUCUACCCUCGUCCAACUCUACCCUCGUCCAGCUCUACCCUCGUCCAGCUCUACCCUCGUCCAGCUCUACCCUCGUCCAACUCUAUCCUCAUCCAGCUCUACCCUCGUCCAGCUCUACCCUCGUCCAGCUCUACCCUCGUCCAGCUCUACCCUCGUCCAACUCUAUCCUCAUCCAGCUCUACCCUCGUCCAGCUCUACCCUCGUCCAGCUCUACCCUCGUCCAGCUCUACCCUCGUCCAGCUCUACCCUCGUCCAGCUCUACCCUCAUCCUCU